GCAGUGCUGUCUCGCGGCGUUGCGCUGCAGUCAGUAGCUUUGCUCUCGGUGGUGAGUUCCCGGUGUCGCUGCGCAGCGGCGGGAGCACUUCCGCAGCGGGUCUCGGGCCGCCAAGCACCGUCUUCACCCAGCGCCAUGGCCGUGGCCGCUGUCGGCCGCCCGGGAGCCGCACGCUGCCUGCUGUUGCGCCUGCUGUCUUUCCUGCUGGUGGCCGGCCCUGCCCUGUGCUGGAACGACCCUGACAGAAUACUGCUUCGAGAUGUGAAAGCUCUAACCCUUCACCAUGACCGCUACACCACCUCCCGGAGACUGGACCCUAUUCCCCAGUUGAAGUGUGUUGGAGGCACAGCUGGUUGCGAUGCCUACACUCCCAAAGUGAUACAGUGCCAGAACAAAGGCUGGGAUGGCUAUGAUGUACAGUGGGAAUGUAAGACUGAUUUGGAUAUUGCAUACCAAUUUGGAAAAACGGUGGUGAGCUGUGAAGGCUAUGAGUCCUCAGAAGACCAGUAUGUCCUCAGGGGUUCCUGCGGCCUGGAGUAUCACUUGGAUUACACAGAACUAGGCCUGAAGAAAAUGAAGGAGUCUGCAAAACACCAGGGCUUCUCUGAUUAUUAUCACAAGUUGUACUCCUCAGAUUCCUGUGGCAUUAGCGGGCUGGUUACCAUUGGGGUACUACUUGCUGUUGCCUAUGUGGUUUAUAAACUGUUCCUCAGUGAUGGUCAGGCUUCUCUUCCACCAUAUUCUGAGUACCCUCCAUAUUCCCAGCGCUAUCAGAGGUCUAGCUAUGCUGCAGGAGCGCCUCAGCCUGGGUUUAAGUCUGAGUUCACAGGACCACAGAACACUGGCUUUGGGAGUGCUUUCACAGGACAAGGCUGUGACAAUUCAGGCCCAGGGUUCUGGACUGGCCUGGGUGCUGGAGGACUGUUAGGAUAUUUGUUCGGCAGCAAUAGGGCGGCGACCCCCUUCUCAGACUCAUGGUACUACCCAUCUUACCCUCCAUCCUACCCUGGCACCUGGAAUAGUCGUGCCUACUCACCACUGGGUGGAGGUGCAGGGAGCUAUUCUGCAUCCUCCAGCUUGAAUGCAGACUCAAGAACCAGAACAGCAUCAGGAUAUGGUGGCACCAGAAGACGGUAAAAUAGAAAGUUGGAGGCAAACAUUGGAUGCAAAGUUUCUGACUUGUUAUCACCAUCUCUUUAACAUCUGGAUAAUGGGAAUAUCCAAAAGUUGUGUGAUGCUUUGUCCUUGUAUAGCUUUUCAUGUCCUGUUGUUUGUGGUCAAGAGUUGAUAUGUGACAAAAUACUUACAUUUUGUAUGUUAGUGUAACGUGCAGUUCAAAGUGAUGGCUACUGUGGGAUGCUGAAAUUACUCUGCUUGUUUCUAAAGCCUGUGAUGCCAGAGGGAGCAUUAAGAAUGUAGGAUCCCUCUCCCAGAGACUGAGCACAGGCAGCUUGAGCCGAGGCUCAUUCCCUCAUAGAAACAGUAAUCCUCUAUUUGGUAUUAAAACAUUUGGUGUUUGCUAGUCUUCAGACACUCAAGCCCAGCACUGGACCACUAAUCACACUGAUUUAUGUUCCAGACACUUGACUGACAGAUCUCAGACCCCUCCUGUGGUUGUGAGCAUCAGGUAGUGGUCCUGGCCUUUUACAGGAGAGGGUAGAAAGUGACUGUGCUCACAGAAAGGCUUGAAAUCACUAGUUUGAGUUUUCAGGUGGAACCAUCCAGUCGCUUCACAGCAGCAGUCUUCAGUAGCAAAAGCAUGCAGUUCUCUGUAGAGCCUUGAGCCAUUAGAUGUCAUUGUAACAGUCUGUUUCAGCCUUAUAUCAAUAUGUCAAUAAAUUUGAAAACCAGG